AUGAGAUCGCGCUCCGAAACAGUUAUCUCGAGGAAUAGCCGUCGUCCAAGGUCGAGAGGCUCGACAGCUAGUAUCCAUUCCACGACAACCCAACAGACCCAAGAUCAGCAAAUCACCGAUGGCUUCUCCCAGUUCCUUCCGGCCCAGACCCCUGCGGGGCCCAAUGUAUUUGGUGGCAACCCUGAGGACAUCAUUAUGCGAUUUGGCCAGCAACUUUCCCAUCAGGUAAACGGCGCUUCCCUGGACCCAACUUUGCAGGACGCACAUCACGCUGUCAUCGCCAGGGCGGAAGACUUCCCGACUCAUGCCCUCCAUAGUCACCAUCUAUCUCAUCACUCGUUACAAGGGAUCCCUUCCCAUGGAUUGCCCAACGUUCCGAUUCCUCAGUACCAAAACAUGUACGACAGUGGGAUCGAGAACCACUUACCUGAGCAUCUACUUGAUGACAAUGAGGGCUCAGAGGCGGGCACGAAGAAGAAAAAGGGCUCCAGCUCCUCACUAGCUAACGAUAACGAGUUGCGAAAACUAUUACGACAGUACGAGGGAUACUCCUUGAAACAAAUGGCUGCGGAGGUUUUGAAGCACGAAGGGGCAGGAGGCAAGGCUGAAAAGGUCAAGCAAGUAUUCGCUAUGAUCUGGUUAAAGGAGAACUGCCGAAAGAGCAGCGGCUCGGUUCGACGCGAUCGUGUCUACUGUUGCUAUGCAGAAAAAUGUGGCACUGAGCGCGUUUCAGUCCUUAAUCCCGCAUCAUUUGGAAAGCUAGUCCGCAUCAUAUUCCCGAAUGUGCAGACACGUCGCCUGGGUGUUAGAGGAGAAUCAAAAUAUCAUUAUGUUGAUCUGACGGUGAUCGAAGAAAAGCAGCAGCAGCCACCACAAACGAAUCAGCAAAUACCAUCUCAUGACAACGCUACCACAGGGUCUGUGGAUAGUAGGGCCGGUGAUGUGAUGCAAAAGAGUGCCAGUGUACUAUCGCAGCCUACUGCAGACACUGCUUUAUUCCCUUCUCCUACCACUUCAUUCGCUCCGAAGGUUGCGACGACCUCGACAAGUUACGGGUGUGGAUGUCAAAUAAGCUCGGGAACUGAUGACUCUGUCAUCACUCUUGACAAUGUCGCCAGUCAUUCCGGAAAAUUAAUUCAUCAAAUGCUUCAGCUACCUACAACUGACAGUUCAUCCAUCGACACUGACUCGCUCCAGCUACCAGAUAUCAAUGACUAUCUACCCGCGAACACUGAUUCUAAGGUUGCUGCGGCUCUUGCCGCGCUUUAUCGGUCCCAUUGUAUCUCAGUAAUUGAUAGCUUCCGAUAUUGCAAAGAGCGAAACCUACUGCGGUACUUUUCCGCCUUCCAUGGCACUUUGACGGUUCCAGUGCAGAAGCUCUUGACACACCCUAACCUUGCCCCAUGGAUCAAAGAAUGUGAUUGGCUCAUGUACCAGAAAAUGAUCGCAUUCGUCGCUCCCCUUACAACACAGGUUGUCCCAAAGCUUGUCUUGGACGCGUUUAGCUCAAUCUCUCAGCGCCUGACCAGCCACAUUGCAGAUACAUUCAAGACACAACCUGUACACGUAUCUCUUGCAAGGCUAAUCCCGGCGCAUAUCUUUUGCAAUCUUCUGAAGCACAUGCUUGAUGUGAACCAGUCUGCCAAUGCGGCCGCUGCCUGGCUUUGCCAUCCCGACAACAGAAAUCAGAUGUGGUUUGACUUUAAAACACUGGUGGACCCGAAGGAGAUGAUUACCAAAGCAAAUAUCCCAAGCUGCGCUGAACAAGCAACAGAGCAAAUAUUGAAGCAUGAUGUCAAGGCACUUCUUACUCCUGUCACAGAUAUCAACCCCUCCACUUCGCAACCAUUUUUCACUCAGCCCGACACGAACGAAAGCAGUCAGGCGCACAGAUAUCCCGUGGAACCCGCCACUGGGGAAGAUUAUAAUUUCCCAGACAGAUGGGUCUCCUUUAUCCUGAAUAUUCCCUCUAUUUUCCCUCAACACCGUACGCAAUGCAUUAUCCAAAGGGUAGACGCUCUAUGGGAUUGCAUCCUCCGCCGACUAACGCUGGGAGGAGCCCAAAGCUUCAGUGCGUGGUGGAUGACCAAGGUCUUUUUCCAUGAAAUGAUGCUAUGGCAGGCGGAGAAAGGGGGAUUUAUGCGCUAUACUCCAAGCACAUUGCAGAAGGUGGGCUUAGACUUCGAUCAGUCCGGACCCAGCAGUCUCCUUCUGAAACCAUCUACUUCCAUUGACAACGAUGGGCCAUCUACGACAUCGGAGUCACAGCACGGAAACUCGCUAGACCAGCCACAGGUGGAAGUCGAAACGAACCUGAAUCACGUCGAAAAUGAGAAAUCCACUAAUAUGACCGAGAACCUUACGGGCUUCUCGGCCCCGAACCAUGAUGACAGCGCUAUUGACCUUGAUGACGACUCCAUGUUAAUGACUGUGGGUAAAUAUGGUGAUAUGAUGGCUUCUGACCCAGCAGAUGCUGAGGGAGAUGUCGUCGUUAUAUGA